AUGGCAGAUAUGACAUUGCCUGACCCAGCUCCGGCACCACAUUAUUAUGACUAUGGAGAUGACGACAGAACACCACAUGUAGAUGAACAAAAGCUAACAUUAUAUUUAGAUUAUUAUAGAUAUAAAAGAUAUAAUGCAAUAGAAAAAACGAGAAUAGUAUAUUAUUAUACAGAUGACAGAAAUAAAUAUUAUAGUCAAGAUUUUACCUACCCUGAAAACAUAAGAUUAUAUUAUAAAAAAUAUUCUGACACAAACCAGAAGAAACCUGAAAUAGUUGCACUAUAUUUUAAGUUCAAAAGAGACAAUCCUAUAAUAUCUCAUAUGUUUGAUUUAAUGAACCCAGUAGGUUCUAUUUAUACAUCUAUGGAUGCAAGAGGUCCUCAAGUAAUGUUUGGUGUUGGUGCAUGG